AUGAUUGGGCCAAGUAAUGUGUUCCUGAGCAUUUACGAGAACGACAGCGGCCCGGAAGGCAUCGCGGCGCUGGAGGACUUCAAGAAGAAGGUGCCUUGCAAGCACGAAAUCGUCAGCGACGCGCACGUAUCGCUGCAAGGAUUCCCCAGGGUGACUAUGCCUGAUGGCAGCCAACGGACCAAGAGGCUUGCCUACCUCUCGGAGAUGCGCAACAGGGCUCUGAGACCUCUGGACAGGUUCACAACUAAAGCCGGCUCGGUGGAGUUUGACAAGAUCAUGUUUCUCAAUGAUGUUGCGUUUCGGCCAGUAGAUGCUGCGCAUCUGCUAUUCAAUACAGACAUCGACAGGGACGGGCACACCAGGUAUUUGGCAGCUUGCGCCCUGGACUACAAAAACCCCUUUCUCUUCUACGAUCUGUAUGCACAGCGCGACGCUCACGGGUACUCUAAUGGACUGCCUUUCUUCCCGAUCUUCAGCUUUUCAGGGAAUGAGACUUCGCGACAGAACAUGCUUGACCAGAAAGACGCUGUCCGUGUCAGCUCGUGCUGGAGCGGGAUGGUGGCGAUGCAGGCGCGGUACGUCCAGAAUAGGAACUCCUCACUGCCAUCGCCCGGCUGGCAAGAUGUCAACUCGCAUGUCAUCGAGCCAGCACGGCCGACCAACGUCACAGCUCCGGUGCGAUUUCGCCACGAGCCCGAGAUCUUCUACGAUGCUUGCGAGUGCUGCUUGUUCAUGGCGGAUGUGGCCGAGGCAGCACGCAAGGCCGAUGCCAGGGAGAGAGCCAUCUAUGUCAACCCGUAUAUCAGGGUAGCGUACGACUUCAACACUCUCAGCUGGCUUCCGCUCGUGCGGCGCUGGGAACGCGUAUUUGCCGUCCCUCAUGCCAUGUUGAGCAAGCUCGCUCGCCUGCCUACCCAUAAUCCAUACCGCACCGUCAAAGAAGGCGAAGUAUUCACGGAGGAGGUCUGGGAUGGGAAACAGUGGAGGCUUGUCGACCGCGUUGGCCGGAACGGUCUUUUCUGCGGCGCCCGGGAAAUGCAGCUCAUACAGGAGGGCGAGCGGACAGACGAUGUGAAUUGGAUUGAUGCGAAGAUUCCUGCCGGUCAGGCGCUGCAUUUUCCGAUCUGA